UUCCUUAAAUAUCACCGCUCGUAUUUUAUAAACUAUCUUAAAAUUGACGUAGAACUUGAAUUAAACUAUUAUUAAAUAUGUCUACUAUAAGUGAAUUAAACCGUACGACAGAAGAGAAGCUCGAUUUAGCCAGAGAAAAGCUGAAAGAUCUUAACGAGAGGAUUUUCGGAAGCGAGAAGAACAGAGAAUUCACAAACAAUCAACGACGAAGGCCAAUUGACAUGAAACGUACUUUAUCCUCAAGUUCAAAUUCAAGUAUAAAGGAUAGACUCAAAUUUUCUGAUCAUGAAGACGAACAUCCCAAAAUCAUGUCUCGAGUUGUCAGCAAUAAAGAAGCAUCAAUCACAAAGCGAGAACAAGUUAUUGCUAUGCAAUCACGUCAAAAUGACAUCGGACGUAACAAGAGAAUGUUUGGAAGUCUUUUAGGUACAUUGCAGAAAUUUAAAAAGGAAGAGAACUUCCUAAAGUCAAAAGAGGAAAAGAAGGCACUUAUUGAGAAGAAAUUGGAAGAGCAGGAACAACUUGAAAAGAUUAAAUUGAAAGAAGAGAGAGAUGCACUCAUAGCAAACAGAAAGAAAAAGCAACUGGAAGUGAAAACUCUUGAGACAAAAAUGGAUAAAUUACGUGAUCUACAAGUCUGGGAAGAGAAUCAAAAGAAGUCAUUAAAUUACAUUAAGACGUCCACAAAACCCGCAAUAUUUUGGUUGCCAAAAGUAAUGAACUCAAAGACCACAAUCCUCCAAAGUAAGUGCAGUCAGGAAAUCAGUGAGAUGAUUGAAGAGCGCAGGAAGCAAGUUGAUGAGGAAAUUAAGGAAAUUGAGAGCCAUGUUGAGAAGGAGAGUGAAUCAAUUGACGAGCAUGAAGCUGAUAAAAAGAAUAAUUCACAUAAUGAUGAUGAUCCGUCGGAGAAUGGUGGACAUAAAAUAGACAGUAGCGAAAGAGGUGUAAAGAGACGACAAAGUUAUUCACCAGAAGUCAAGAAGCGAGUGUGUUCUCAAGUAAUAGUGAAGCCAAAGGAAUAAUAAUGCUUGCAUGUGUCGGGGCUGGUCAAAUUUCAAGAAAAAAAAUUUAAUAAUAUUUUAUAUGUUAGAGAUAAUAUCUUUAACGGAAUUAAGGCUUAGAUUGUAAAAAGUUGAAGAAAAUGUUUAA